AGCGGGGUAAAGCAAUUUCUCGAGCAAACCCCGGUCAUGUCGCCGCCGGCCGUCCUGGUUUCCAACGGCGCCGUCUGCCCGCACGCUCCUCCUUCCGCGGCUGCUUUCCUCGAGUCCACUCCGGGCGCCUACACUACCGCGCGCGCAUCCUCGACCGGCCUCAUCCUCUGGUGGCCACGCCACCUCCUCCGCCUCGCCGACUCCGCGCGCCUUCUGGCCCAAUCCCGCCCCCACCUCCUCGGCCUCCCUGCCCUGCCGCCGGGUACCCUCUCCACAGCGCCCAUCGAGCCUCUCGUUAACCAAUCCGUGCGGGUCGGCGUCCACGAGAUGCGGAGCCGGAUGCUGGCGCUUGGGGACUGCUGCUCGGGCGAAGAUAUGGCGCUCACGGCGUUGGUUCGAGUUGGUGGGGCGGUGGAUGGGCUGGAGGUUCGCGUCCACCUGGGUGUGUACGUGCCUCCGGUGUUUGGGGACGCCGGGGCGAGGCUUGCAGUGGCCGGGAACGGAAGGGAUGCCGCCGCCGCCAAGUAUGCUCCUUGGGCCAGGAUGAGGAAGAGUAUGGAGAAGAUGAGGCCUCCUGGAGCCACGGAGCUCUUGCUGACCAACGAUGGGGAUCAUCUUCUUGAAGGCAGUGUUACAAACUUCUUCGUCGUCUGCCGGAAGGAGGAACGUCGGUCAAAUGAGCCCUUGUCUGCUCAAACAAAGGCAAAUAAGUUUGAAGUACAAACAGCUCCUCUAAGCGAUGGAGUUCUCCCUGGAAUUAUGCGCCAGAUAGUCAUUGAGGAAUGCCAUGAUCUUGGGAUCCUAGUACGUGAGGUCUCACCAUCAUGGUCCAAGCGUGAGCUUUGGGAAGAAGCCUUUGUUACAAGUAGCUUAAGGCUUAUCCAGCACGUGGAGACAGUUCAAGCACCUUUACUAUGGGAGGACAUAGAAACCAAAACCUGGAGUGAUGUAUCUUGGGUGGUGAAGCAAUUUCAGGGCGCUGGACACAUCACCACACAAAUACAGAGGAAAAUAUCAGAGAGAGCAAUAACUGAGGAAUCUGACAAAAACAAUUUCUUGUGAUUUAUGAAUUGUCAAGAUUUCUGGGUGAUGGCUCUUGGCUUCACCAUCAUUUGUUCUUCAGAUAAGUUGAAGCCAACUUUGCUGUUAUCUUAUGUUUUGCUGAUACUCCUUUAGAAAGCUCCGUGAGCCCAGCUUGUUACCAAGUCAAAACUAUUCAUUUGCUCCUCUGUCUACGCAGGCUGCCUAAUCCAAACGGAGCUUCUGGUGUUGCCUUCAUGCAGAGGACUGUUCAAGAAUUUAGACAAAUGGUUCCAUGUUGUACUUGAGAGAUGCAUACCGUGUGUGUUAUCUGUGUGUGUUGCGGCGCCUGGGGCGAGAGAACGACCAGCUGCACCUCUUCUAGGUCAGCACACGGGAUGGGCCCACGAACAAAGGUCUGUAAUAUGGCAUGUGACAAGACGGGGUUGAUGGAUAUCUAGUAUUGGACCGGUAUAGACCUUCAUCUGUCUUGGGCUAGUUCUUUUGGGGCUUAUUAGCAAAUAUGCCCGUGCGCUGCAACGGGUAGUUAAGAUUUCUUACCUGAAACACUAUUAUUUUAACCGAAUCUUCAUUUUGACUCAUCA